AUGAUUGAGAAGCGUCGGGGGAGGCUGAGCCCAGGGAACCACGGCUGGGCGGUGACCUUGCCUCCCUCUCUCCCAGUGGCAGCCUUAGAGCUCAGGUCCGUGGACCUGCAGAGCCCCAGGAACAACAAGGCGCAUCACACGCAGGAGAUGGGCCUGAGGCGGCUCAUCGUGCGCCGGGGCCAGCCCUUCACGCUCCAACUGCAUUUCAACCGACCUUUCCACUGCGGGACCGACCACAUCACCUUCGUGGCUGAGACCGGACCCGCACCCACGAAGCUGUCAGGAACCCGAGCUACCUUUGGACUCACCCAGGCUCGACAAGGGAAUGUCUGGAGUGCUUCUGACUUCACCAUUGACUCCAACUCACUCUUUGUCUCCCUUUUCACACCAGCCAGUGCAGUCAUUGGUCCCUACACUCUGAAGAUAGACAUCUCUCAAGGCCAGGGUUACAGCACGACUCACCCAGUGGGGACUUUCAUCCUGCUUUUUAACCCUUGGAGUGCAGAGGAUGACGUCUACCUGCCCAGUGAAAUACUGCUGCGAGAGUAUAUCAUGAUGGACUAUGGCUUUGUGCACAAGGGUCAUGAACGAUUCAUCACCUCCUGGCCCUGGAACUACGGGCAGUUUGAAGAGGACAUCAUAGACAUCUGCUUUGAGAUCCUGAACAAGAGCCUGUACUUCUUAGAGAACCCAUCCAAAGACUACUCGCAGCGGAACGACGUGGUGUAUAUCUGCAGGGUGGUGAGCGCCAUGAUCAACAGCAACGAUGACAACGGCGUGUUGCAGGGGAACUGGGGCGAGGACUACUCCCGGGGGGUCAGCCCACUGGAGUGGAAUGGCAGCGUGGCCAUCCUGCGGCAGUGGUCAGCCAGGGGCGGGCAGCCUGUGAAGUACGGACAGUGCUGGGUCUUUGCAGCUGUCAUGUGCACCGUAAUGAGAUGCUUAGGUGUUCCAACCCGUGUUGUUUCCAAUUUCCGUUCUGCACACAACGUCGAUGGGAACUUGACCAUAGAUACCUACUAUGACCGAAAUGCAGAAAUGCUGUCAACUCAGAAACGGGACAAAGUAUGGAAUUUCCACGUCUGGAAUGAGUGCUGGAUGAUCCGGAAAGACCUCCCCCCCGGAUUCAACGGGUGGCAGGUUCUGGACCCCACACCCCAGCAAACCAGCAGCGGGCUGUUCUGCUGUGGCCCUGCCUCCGUGAAGGCCAUCCGGGAAGGGGAGAUCCACCUGCCCUAUGACACCCCAUUUGUGUAUGCGGAGGUAAAUGCCGAUGAGGUCAUUUGGCUCUUUGGGGAUGGCCAGGCCCAGGAAAUCCUGGCCCAUAACACCAGUUCCAUCGGGAAGAAAAUCAGCACCAAGUUGGUAGGAUCAGACCAGCGCCAGGACAUCACCAGCUCCUACAAGUACCCAGAAGGAUCUCCCGAGGAGCGCUCUGUGUUCAUGAAGGCAUCCCGGAAAAUGCUGGGCUCCAGGAGGGCCUCUUCCCCCUUCCUGGAUCUGCUGGAGUCCGGGGGCUUCCGGGAUCAGCCAGCGCUGCUGCGGCUUCACCUGACCAGGACUCAGUGGGGCCAGGACCUGCUGCUGACGCUGCAUGCCAGGAGGGUGCCACACAGAGCCCACCCCCGGGGGCCCCUCAGACUGGAGGUGCGCUUCUGCGCCCAGGCCCUGCUGCACAAGGGUGGGACCCGGCAGCUCUGGAGGCAAAUAGUGCACUUGAACCUGGACUUUGGGGAGGAGAUACAGUGGCCGCUCUUGCUACCCUACAACAAUUACAGAAACAAGCUGACCGAUGAAAAGCUGAUUCGAGUGUCUGGCAUCGCAGAGGUGGAGGGGACCGGGAGGUCCAUACUGGUCCUGAAAGAUAUCUCUCUGGAGCCUCCCCACUUAUCUAUUGAGGUGUCUGAGAGGGCUGAGGUGGGCAAGCCACUGAGAGUCCACAUCACCCUCACCAACACCCGGACGGUGGCUCUGAGUCACUGCACGAUGGUGCUGGAGGGAAGUGGCCUCAUCCAUGGGCAGGUUUCAAAUGACCUUGGGACUCUGGUGGCAGGACACACCAUCCAAAUCCAACUGGACCUCCACCCCUUCAAAGCUGGGCCCCGCCAGCUACAAGUCCUCAUCAGCAGCAACGAAGUCAAGGAGAUCAAGGGUUACAAGGACGUCUUCGUAGCAGCAGCCAGGCCUUCCUGACACGCCCACCUCCCCCCAGGAACGCUCCCUGCCCUGAUCCAAUUUCCUGAUGCCCUCCUAGUACCCCCAACCCCUCCCCAGGUCCCACCCUGUUCUCCUGAUGCCUUCCUGCACCCUCAGCCCCUCCUCAAGACCACCCCUCCCCUUCUGACACCCUCCCUGGCCCCUUGCAGUCCUUCCCCUGCCCCUGCCCCCAUGACCUCCCGGUCCCCUCCCUGUCCCAUCUGACUCCUGAAGGGGUAGUGUUAUCUGUGCUCCUUCUCUCU